CAGUGGAUAGAGCCGGACUGACUGAGAGCAGCGCUCCCAUACAAUGAUCUGCAGAGCUGCCGGGGUGGCCUGGCCGACUGCUCCCUGCUAAUCCCGCAGCCCUGCUGCCCUACUGAGCCGCCCAGCCCAAGGAGGGAAGGAAGGGGGCACUGCGGCGGGCACACUGAGGGGAAGGGCCAAUCACUGCAGCAGCCCCCGAUGCCUCACUGAGUCGCAGCGCAUCUGGCACACAGGGGGGACAAUAGAGCGAUUGCGCCUCAGCCAGCGGAGAAUGGCGGAUCGCAGCCUGGACAGCGUUUCCCUGCCCCUGGAGGUGAGAGCCAGGCUGGCCGAGCUGGAGCUGGAAUUAUCCGAAGGUCAUCCAUGUAUCUCGGGUCCCUCUGCAAUGAGAUGGCAUGGGCGGACUUGGAAAACAGCCGCAUUAUGUGACAUCACGCAGAAAGGCUAUGAAAAGAAACGCGCAAAGUUAAUAGGAGCAUAUCUGCCUCAGCCCCCAGGGAUGGAGCAGGCGUUACCCCCAGAACGAAGAACCCCUGUCACCCCGUCCUCUUCCUCCAGGUAUCACCGCCGGCGCUCCUCAGGUUCUCGAGAUGAACGAUACCGGUCAGAUGUACAUACAGAAGCAGUGCAGGCAGCCCUGGCUAAACAUAAAGAAAGGAAGAUGGCCGUACCCAUGCCAUCCAAGCGGCGCUCCCUGGUGGUACAAACCUCAAUGGAUGCCUAUACACCCCCAGAUACCUCUUCAGGCUCAGAAGAUGAAGGCUCUGUACAAGGGGACUCCCAAGGUACUCCCACGUCAAGUCAGGGUAGUAUAAACAUGGAGCACUGGAUCACCCAAGCGAUCCAUGGAUCUACCACAUCUACCACGUCAUCCUCUUCAACGCAAAGUGGAGGCAGUGGUGCCGCACACAGAUUAGCAGACGUCAUGGCCCAGACACACAUAGGAAAUAGGAGGAAAUGCGGAGAGUGUCACAAAAACCAUUCAGCCCCUCCAGACGUUACCACGUACACCUCAGAGCACUCAAUACAAGUGGAAAGGCCACAGGGGUCAACGUCGUCGCGGGUGGCUCCCAAAUACGGCAAUGCUGAGCUUAUGGAGACCGGAGACGGAGUCCCUGUUAGCAGCAGAGUAUCGGCAAAGAUACAGCAACUCGUGAAUACCUUAAAAAGGCCCAAAAGGCCACCGUUAAGGGAGUUCUUUGUGGACGACUUUGAAGAGUUAUUAGAAGUUCAACAACCAGACCCCAACCAGCCCAAAGCAGAAGGAGCCCAGAUGUUAGCCAUGAGAGGGGAGCAGCUGGGAGUCGUCACAAACUGGCCCCCUUCAUUAGAAGCCGCGCUGCAGCGAUGGGGAACCAUUUCGCCCAAAGCCCCCUGCCUUACUACCAUGGACACAAAUGGGAAACCACUCUACAUCUUGACGUAUGGAAAGUUAUGGACCAGGAGCAUGAAGGUAGCUUACAAUAUACUGCAUAAACUUGGCACAAAGCAAGAACCAAUGGUCCGACCUGGAGACAGGGUUGCCCUCGUAUUCCCAAACAAUGAUCCCGCUGCAUUUAUGGUUGCGUUCUACGGUUGUUUAUUGGCUGAAGUUGUACCUGUCCCCAUUGAAGUGCCACUAACUAGGAAGGAUGCAGGAAGCCAGCAGAUAGGCUUUUUAUUAGGGAGUUGUGGAGUAACUGUGGCCUUGACGAGUGAUGCCUGCCAUAAAGGUCUGCCAAAGAGUCCCACAGGGGAGAUCCCACAGUUUAAAGGUUGGCCAAAACUGCUCUGGUUUGUCACAGAAUCUAAACACUUGUCCAAACCACCACGUGACUGGUUUCCACAUAUCAAGGAUGCAAACAAUGACACUGCCUAUAUAGAGUACAAAACCUGCAAAGAUGGAAGCGUGCUGGGAGUAACUGUGACAAGAAUUGCACUUCUCACCCACUGUCAGGCUCUAACACAAGCCUGUGGAUACACAGAAGCGGAAACCAUCGUGAAUGUCUUGGAUUUCAAGAAAGAUGUGGGGCUGUGGCACGGAAUUCUUACGAGUGUCAUGAACAUGAUGCAUGUUAUUAGCAUCCCGUAUUCCCUUAUGAAAGUCAAUCCUCUGUCGUGGAUACAGAAGGUCUGCCAGUACAAAGCUAAAGUUGCUUGUGUAAAAUCAAGGGACAUGCACUGGGCGUUGGUGGCACACCGGGAUCAAAGAGAUAUCAACCUCUCCUCACUACGCAUGCUGAUUGUGGCCGAUGGUGCAAAUCCCUGGUCCAUUUCUUCUUGUGAUGCUUUUCUCAAUGUCUUCCAAAGUAAAGGUCUGCGGCAAGAAGUCAUUUGUCCCUGUGCCAGUUCACCAGAGGCUCUUACUGUCGCCAUAAGGAGGCCAACUGAUGACAGCAACCAGCCUCCAGGGAGGGGGGUUUUAUCAAUGCAAGGCCUCACCUAUGGCGUCAUUAGAGUGGACUCAGAAGAAAAGCUCUCUGUACUGACAGUUCAAGAUGUCGGGACAGUAAUGCCUGGUGCUAUUAUGUGUUCAGUGAAACCAGAUGGGAUUCCACAGCUGUGUCGGACGGAUGAAAUAGGAGAACUUUGCGUCUGUGCUCUUGCUACGGGUACAUCCUAUUACGGCCUUUCUGGCAUGACCAAGAACACAUUUGAGGUUUUCCCAAUGAUGAGCUCAGGAGCACCAAUAAGUGAAUAUCCAUUCAUUCGGACAGGCCUUCUGGGAUUUAUAGGACCAGCUGGGUUGGUCUUUGUUGUGGGGAAAAUGGACGGUCUAAUGGUUGUCAGUGGGCGGCGGCAUAAUGCUGAUGACAUUGUAGCAACUGCGCUGGCAGUGGAACCGAUGAAAUUUGUUUACAGAGGAAGGAUAGCAGUGUUUUCUGUGAAUGUGCUACAUGAUGAGCGAAUCGUUAUUGUCGCAGAGCAGAGGCCGGAUUCCACCGAGGAGGACAGUUUCCAGUGGAUGAGCAGAGUUCUUCAGGCUAUUGACAGUAUACACCAAGUUGGGGUGUACUGUUUAGCAUUGGUACCAGCAAACACACUCCCCAAAACCCCUUUAGGUGGCAUUCACCUAUCAGAGACCAAGCAACUGUUCCUUGAGGGAUCACUUCAUCCGUGUAACGUGCUGAUGUGUCCGCACACAUGUGUAACAAACUUGCCUAAGCCAAGGCAAAAGCAGCCAGAAAUUGGCCCUGCCUCUGUGAUGGUGGGGAACCUGGUGUCUGGUAAAAGAAUUGCACAAGCGAGUGGACGGGAUCUGGGUCAAAUGGAAGAUAAUGAUCAGGCCAGAAAGGUGUUACGUCAGUUCCUGUUCCUAUCAGAGGUUCUGCAAUGGCGAGCGCAAACCACUCCUGACCAUGUGCUUUAUACACUACUAAAUUCAAGGGGAACAAUAGCCAGCUCUCUAACAUGUAGCCAGCUGCAUAAGCGAGCAGAGAAGAUUGCGGUCAUGCUUAUGGAAAGGGGGCAUUUACAGGAUGGAGACCACGUGGCUCUGGUUUAUCCUCCAGGAAUAGACCUGAUCGCAGCAUUUUACGGCUGCCUGUAUGCAGGCUGUGUGCCAAUAACGGUUCGACCUCCUCAUCCGCAAAAUAUAGCAACCACGUUGCCCACGGUGAAGAUGAUCGUAGAGGUGAGUCGGUCUGCCUGUCUUAUGACUACUCAGCUUAUAUGUAAACUGCUAAGGUCGAGAGAAGCCUCUGCCGCCGUAGACAUCAGAACGUGGCCUCCGAUUCUGGACACUGAUGAUUUGCCAAAGAAAAGACCAUCCCAAAUCUACAAACCGUCUGACCCAGAAAUAUUGGCUUACCUUGAUUUUAGUGUGUCUACAACUGGAAUGCUUGCUGGGGUAAAGAUGUCCCAUGCAGCCACUAGUGCCUUUUGUCGUUCUAUAAAACUUCAGUGUGAGCUGUAUCCAUCUAGAGAGGUUGCUAUAUGUUUGGAUCCUUACUGUGGCCUGGGUUUUGUCCUUUGGUGCCUCUGCAGUGUGUAUUCAGGACACCAGUCCAUUCUGAUUCCUCCCUCAGAGCUGGAGAUCAAUCCUGCCUUGUGGCUCCUGGCUGUCAGUCAGUACAAAGUGCGAGACACAUUCUGUUCCUACUCAGUCAUGGAGCUUUGCACCAAGGGACUUGGCUUACAGACUGAAUCCCUCAAGGCACGGGGGCUGGAUCUGUCCAGGGUACGGACCUGCGUUGUGGUAGCUGAGGAACGUCCUAGAAUAUCCCUAACCCAGUCUUUCUCAAAGUUAUUCAAAGACCUGGGUCUCCAUCCAAGGGCUGUAAGCACAUCGUUUGGCUGCCGAGUUAACUUAGCCAUAUGUUUGCAGGGAACGUCUGGACCUGAUCCCACGACUGUAUAUGUAGAUAUGAGGGCGCUGCGACACGACAGGGUACGAUUGGUAGAAAGAGGGUCACCACACAGUUUGCCUCUAAUGGAAUCAGGAAAAAUCCUCCCAGGCGUUCGUAUAAUUAUUGCAAAUCCUGAAACCAAGGGGCCACUUGGAGACUCUCAUCUCGGAGAGAUUUGGGUUCACAGUGCACACAAUGCCAGUGGGUAUUUCACAAUUUACGGAGACGAGUCCCUGCAGUCCGACCAUUUCAGCUCUCGGCUCAGUUUUGGUGACACCCAGACAGUCUGGGCACGAACGGGCUACCUGGGGUUCUUAAGGAGGACAGAGCUCACGGAUGCAAAUGGAGAACGGCACGAUGCGCUUUAUGUUGUCGGGGCACUAGAUGAAGCCAUGGAAUUGAGGGGAAUGAGAUAUCAUCCAAUUGAUAUUGAAACGUCAGUGAUUCGGGCCCACAAGUGUGUGACAGAAUGUGCUGUUUUCACCUGGACGAAUCUGCUGGUGGUGGUAGUCGAACUGGACGGGUCAGAACAGGAAGCCCUGGACCUAGUACCGCUGGUUACCAAUGUGAUCUUGGAGGAACAUUAUUUGAUCGUAGGCGUAGUCGUAGUGGUGGACAUUGGUGUCAUUCCUAUCAACUCCCGUGGAGAGAAACAGCGUAUGCACCUACGAGAUGGGUUUUUAGCAGAUCAGCUAGAUCCCAUUUAUGUGGCCUACAACAUGUAGUCUUGUACUAUAAAGCUUCCAUGGACUUUACUAUAGAUGUAUAAAUUUUUUUUUUGUUUGUUUUAUCAGUGUCCACUAGAAAACGGAGGUGCAAAUAUGGAGACGGCCUUGUUCAGAAUGGAACUGCUUUAUUAUUUGAAUCUACCAAUUUCUAUCAUUGGCCAGAGGAAAAAAAAAUGUGAAAUUCGUUUUUCUUUGUUUGUACCACUACAUUUUAGCACCAAGAGACAUUAUUGGUACUGUAUCGUAUUGUAUUGCCUCGGUUAAACCUCCUAAGUGCUGCAGAGAUGUGCAGAAUUCUGCGUCUCCUUGCGCCACUCAACUGGUUUAAAUAUGCCAAUCGCAGAACCUUGUUUUUCUCGUCGUUUGUUUUUACGUUGCUGUUUUUUUCAGUAGCAAUGGGUUUUAUGAAGGUUUUUUUUUUUUAUUUUUAUUAAUGUAAAAACUUCAGACAGGUUCAUUUUUAACAAACCCUUUUACAGUGGCAGAGUUUUUUCUGUGGUUCGAGCCAAUAUGUUAGAAAACGUCUUCUAGAUCAUUUUUAUUAAGCCAUUUCCGAUGUCUGGUUAUUUUAAACAAAAGGUACGAACAGAAAAUAU